UAGCUUUUGAUCUCAGUUGGUGAGAGUUAUAAUUUGUUCUUAUACUCCAGGUGCAUAUAAUUUGGUGUUUUCAGAAUCAGAGUUACAUCUUUGUUUCUAAUUUACAUUCUACUAAUGUUGAUACAAAUGUCAAUUUUAUUGGUACAAAGUUUGCCGAAAAAUUUAAUAAAAUGUUAUUCACUAAAUUAUUUUAGGUCUAUGAGUGGUAUACAAAAUAAAAUGGAUGAAACAUGCAUGUUAAAAUAUGUAAAAGCAUGCAUUCCACCUUUGGACGGUAGUAAUCAUAAAGGUCAAGCAGGCAGAAUAGGAGUUGUUGGAGGUUCUUUAGAAUAUACAGGCGCACCAUAUUUUUCCGGAAUAAGUGCAUUAAGAGUAGGAGCAGACUUGACUCAUAUAUUCUGUACUAAAGACUCUGCAACUGUUAUAAAGUCAUACAGUCCUGAAUUAAUAGUACAUCCGUUACUGGAUUUCCCAAAUGCUGUGUCAGAAAUAUCACAAUGGUUUGAACGGUUGCAUGCUAUAGUAAUAGGACCAGGAUUAGGUCGCCAGAAAGAAACAUUUAAUGUAGUGACUGAACUCAUUGAAGUCAUACGCGAGAAAAGGAUUCCUCUAGUUAUUGAUGCUGAUGGUUUGUUCUUAAUUACUGAAAAGAUACAUUUGUUAAAAGAGUUCAUGUCUCCAGUUAUACUUACACCUAAUAAAAUAGAGUUUGAAAGACUUUGUGCUAAAACAAAUGGACCUACAGGUUUAAGUCAAUUAGGUAGAUAUGUGACUAUAUUUAAAAAGGGAGAAAUAGAUGAGGUAUACAGUGUUGAUGCUGAUGUCCAAUGGAAGUCUAACAUUGGAGGGUCAGGCAGGAGGUGUGGUGGACAAGGAGAUUUGCUUUCUGGAGCAAUUGCAAUCAUGAUGCACUGGACCUUGGCUAGCAAAGAUAAAUUACUAAUGGAAACAAGUGGAGGUGAUAAGGUCUUAUUAGCUUCUUCACUCUCAUGCUAUGGUGCAAGCCGUUUGAUAAGACUGUGUAAUGAGAAAGCUUUUGCAGUAAAAGGCCGAAGUAUGGUAGCCUCCGACAUGAUUGAGUACAUCCAUGAAUGUUUUGAGCAUUUAUUUGGUCAAUAAAAUUUUGUAAUCAAUAAUAUGAUAAACAUUUUUAUGGUAUAGUUUUAUACUUCUAUUAAAUAAAUAUAAUAUGUUAUGCUCAUUCUAAGUAUGUGGUAUAUAGCUUGUAAGGUAUAUUUUGGUUUGUUACUAUAAAUGGGGAAUUUAUCAAAGCAAUUUUAAUUAAAUGAAGAAUUGUAAA